GCCACAGAGCCAGUUAGUGGACCUUGGUGCCGCUGGGAUGGACGGCUGGGUCCGCUUCAGUGCUCAGAGCCAAGCCCGGGAGCGCCUGUGCAGGGCUGCCCAGUAUGCCUGUUCCCUCCUCGGCCACGCGCUGCAGAAACACGGGGCAAGUCCUGAGCUCCAGAAGCAAAUCCGGCAGUUGGAGGGCCAUCUGAGCCUGGGCCGAAAGCUUCUUCGCCUGGGUAACUCAGCAGAUGCCCUCGAGUCAGCCAAACGGGCUGUGCAUCUGUCAGAUGUCGUCCUUCGAUUCUGCAUCACUGUCAGCCAUCUCAAUCGAGCCCUGUACUUCGCCUGUGACAAUGUCUUGUGGGCUGGAAAGGCUGGGUUGGCACCCCUUGUGGACCAGGAGAAGUGGGCCCAACGUUCAUUCAGGUAUUACUUAUUUUCCCUCAUCAUGAAUUUGAGCCGUGAUGCCUAUGAGAUUCGACUACUAAUGGAGCAGGAGUCUUCGGCUUGUUGGCGUCGACCGAAGGUGUCGACAGCAGGAAACCUGGGAGGUGGCGAAUCCGGGGGUGACCCAAGAGGCAGUCUGCCCCAUCUGGCCCUGCAGCUUCGGCUUCGAGUUCUUCUCCUCGCCCGGGUGCUACGAGGCCAUCCCCCCCUCCUGCUGGAUGUGGUCAGAAAUACUUGCGAUCUCUUCAUCCCACUGGACAAGCUGGGCCUGUGGCGUUGUGGCCCUGGAGUUGUGGGGCUCUGUGGUCUGGUGUCUUCCAUCUUAUCUAUCCUUACUCUACUCUGUCCCUGGCUCCGACUCAAGCCCUAAAACCAAAAUAUUAGGGUGGAAGAGAAUCUGAGCCAGGAAUGAGGAGAGGGGGCAGGUUCUUUCUGUUGUUCCAUUGUCACCCUGUCUUUCCUUUUAGUUACAACUCAAGUUUGGAAAAUUACAGAUGAAGAGUGGGGGGAAAGGGUGGCCCUUGGAUUCAAUGGGAUAACUCUCUUCCUUUCUUACUGUACUGAUUCUUUAUGUCUUUUAAGUCUUCUAUUUUUAAAUUAAAUUUUAUUUUUUUCAAUCAAUAAAAAUCCUCCUUCUCUCCCUCCCAUUCCCCCAUUAAGAAAGGGGAAAAAAAAAAAAAAAAAACCACUGUUCCAAACAUUGAUGGUUAUCUUCUUACUGUUUUUCCAGUCUCAGAUUUGUUUUGGAAACUCAUUAAAUUCCUCCUCAUUCUCCAUCCAGUAUUUAGUUAUUAGCUAUAUUUUCCUUGAGGGAAGGAGAGAUCCAUUAUGCCUUAGCCAUUUCCCUUUCCGUGCAGAGGAUGAUGGGCAGAUUGAGAGCUUUGGUCUCCUUUUGGUUGGAGAGUGUCCCAACAGCCUCUCCUCCCGGCCCGUUUCCCAUGGUGUCACCUUAGCCAGUUGGGUUUUCUCCCUCCUCUGUUAUCUCACCUCCCUUUGACUUACCCCUUUCCGUCUUCACUCCUGUGCUCUUGGUAAUGGCUUCUGUCUCUCAGCUCUCUUUUAUCUCCCUCUCGUGAUGCUGUGUUCAGCAUCCUAUUGUAAAUACUGUACAAUGAAACUGUAAAUAACUUUGGCCAAAGCCCUGCUGGCUGGCCAACUCAAAGGGGAGCAAAUUAAAGAUGAGUCUUGCUCACUG